AUGAAGCUCACCUGCCUUGUCCUUGGCUCCGGGGCCCUCCUCGUCCUGUGUGUCUGUGGCUCUGUCCUCAGCACCUCCAGCGAGAACCUGCGCACCUUUGUGGGCUGUGCUGUGAGGGAAUUUACUUUCCUCGCCAGGAAGCCGGGUUGCAGGGGACUUCGGAUCACCACCGAUGCCUGCUGGGGCCGCUGCAAGACCUGGGAGAAACCCAUCCUGCAGCCCCCCUACAUUGAAGCGCAUCAUCGAGUCUGCACCUACAAGGAGACCAGACAGGUGACUGUGCAGCUGCCUCACUGUACCCCUGGAGUGAACCCUUUCUACACCUACCCCGCGGCUGUCCGCUGUGAAUGUGGGGGCUGCUCCACGGCCACCACCGAAUGCGAGACCAUGUGA